ACGCAGGCGGCCAUUUACCCGAGGCGGACCGAGGAGGAAGCAGAGUCGAAGCGCGGGCCGACGGCCGGAGAAACCGUUUGGAAAGGAGGUUUAGAAACGAAGCGACUCACGUUUUCUCCUCAAAAUGUAUAUCGCCGCACUUCUUAUCGUCCUGAUGGCAGCAUCGGCGGCGAACAGCGAGCGACAUUCUCUCUCUUACAUCUACACGGCGUUCUCCAAACCUGUCGAGCUCCCUGGCAUCCACGAGUUCACAGCCAUGGGUCUGCUGGACGGCCGGAUGAUUGAUUACUUUGACAGUACAAGCCAGAAGAAAGUGCCCAAACAGAAAUGGAUGGCAGAGAAUCUUGAUGUGAAUUACUGGGAUAAAGGCACGCAGUCCCGUCAGAGCAAGCAGCAGUGGUUCAAAGUCAACAUCGGGAUCCUGAUGGAACGAAUGAGACAGAAUGAUUCAGAUGUCCACAUCCUUCAGUGGAGGCAUGGCUGUGAGGGAGAAGUGGAUUCUAAAGGCAAUCUUGAGUACUUCAAUGGCGUUGACAUGUACAGCUACGAUGGAAAGGACUUCCUGGCCUUUGACGACGCUCAUGGAAUUUGGGUUGCCCCCACUAGUGAAGCAGCCCAAACCAAGAGGAAGUGGGAUGAAGUCCAGGUCCUAAAAGAAUACACCAAAGGCUACCUGGAGAAAGAAUGUAUUGAUUGGUUGAGCAAGUUCAUGCAGUUUGGGAAGAAACAGCUGAAAGAAGCUGUUCCUCCUCAGGUGCACUUGAUUGCAAAGAACUCCAAAGUUGAGAGAAACGUGAUUCUGUCGUGCCUGGCCACAGGUUUCUACCCAAAAGAAAUCAUCCUGCGGAUCAAAAGGAGCGGGCAUAUUCUGACUAAAGAGGACGGAGUGGUCACCACAGGCGUUCGACCAAAUGAAGACGAGACCUACCAGAGGAAGGACAGUGUGGAGAUUUUGAGGAGUGACACGUCCCAGUACACUUGUGAAGUCAUUCACGAAGCGUCCGGAUUAGAGGUUGAGAAAGUUUGGGAUCACAUACUUCCUGAAGAGUCUGGAGGAUGUACAUCAGCUAUCAUUGUUGCAGUGGUGGUGGUCUUGCUCCUGGUUGCUGUGGGGGGUGUGCUGUUUGUCCUGCGUAAAAAAGGCAUACUUGGUCGCCAGUCUGCACAAGACACCAAACACCCAGUUUCUGUUGCAGUGAUCACAGGGAACAAAGCCCAAGGUUCUGCUGCAGAGCAGCAAUGUUUCCUGGCCCCAGAGAACAAAGAGCACAACGGUAGUGCUGCCUCUAUUGCCAGUUCUGACUCUGGUCGCCAGUCUGCACAGCCUAGCACACAAUCUGGAGGUUCUGAUGCAGAGCAGCAACCUUUCCUGGCAGCAGGGAACAAAGGGUCAGACGGGUCUCUCAGCAACGGUGGAGCAAGCUCUACUACCAGUUCUGACUCUGGAGUGUAAUAACCUAAGCACCUGAAGAGGAGAAAGGAAGACGUGGUGUGUACAUAUUCUGAAGUCUG